AUGUCAAAUGUCUGCGAAUGUACCAGUACAGAAACUAUUGAAAUUAAAAUGGACUAUGGUAAUCCAUUGAUAUUUAAUGCUGGUAGGUUUAUUGCAAAACAUGGGCGACUAUUUACGUUAAAUGAUGACCAUUUUAAAGUUAUUGAAAAAUAUAGAGUUCAAUUUGAUGUAAAAGGAUAUUGUAGUUAUAGUAUUUAA